AUGGCCGCGUCUCUCUUCCCGCAGUUCGGCAACGUCUUCGGCACGCCCAGCUCAGCCGGUCGUAACGAGCUCGUGUCCUUCCACGCUGGCAAAAUGACCGUCAAGGCCGCCGCAAACGGCAAGUUCCUCGUGACGCCGCAGCUGGAGAAGGGCAAAGUCUGUCUCUCACGUGGUGACGACCAGCUGCUUCACUUCCAGUGGGUGGACCGCCAGACGGGAGCCAGUCCCGAGGACUUUAUCAUCUUCCCGGACGACGCGCACUUUGAUAAGGUGGACACGGGCCGUCCAGACGAUCGCGUGUACAUUCUGCAGUACAAGAACUCGUCGCGCCGCUUUUUCUUCUGGAUGCAGAACAAGGACGCGUCGCGUGACGAGGAGCUGGUGAAGAAGGUGAAUGACGCCAUGAACAAUGCACAGGCAGCCUCGAGCAACGACGGUGGUCGUGUCUCUGGCAACAACGUGCAGCUAGACCAUAAUGCUAUCAUGCAGAUGCUCGGCGCUAUGAGUGCAGGAGAUCAGGGACGUGGAGGUGUCAGUGGAGGAGGUGUUGGCGGCGGAGGUCAGGCCGUGCAGAUGUCGGAACUGCAAAACAUCCUGCAGAAUAUGGGAUUGCCAGCGGAAGCCCAGUCGACGGCGUCGUCACCAGCAACGUCUGCCGUGUCGUCGUCGCAGGCGUCACAGAACGGAGGUGGUAUCUCGGCGGCUGCAACUACGGCAUCUACUCAGCAUGAGCACGAUGUCAGUGGUAUGGAAGUGGAUGAAAUGGACGAGGAUGAGCUGCUGCGAUUGGCCAUUGAGGAGAGCAUGCGCGAUGGAGGCAGCACCAACCCGGACGCAUCUGGAGAUGGCGCUGCAGGAGGUAACAGUGACUCGAGUAGCAGCAACAGACCCGCAGGUCAUGGUGGGCACAGUGACAGUGACGCUGGUGGAGGCAACAUGGACACCUCAUCCUGA